AUGGAGAAGCUAGUCUCUUCCCCAACACCAUCCAGUGAAUGGGAUGAGACCCCAUUCAGCUUCACUGUCAGAUGAGAAAUUAAUAAGAGCAGAGGAGCACACAAGCAGGCCUGGAGCAGUCCAUUUUUGGAACAGCAAAUGACAAAGAAGACCCCUUUUGCCCCUUCGAGGGUCUCCCCAGGUUCCUCAGAGGCCCAGCUGGAGGAAUGGAUGGCAGCCACCAAAGGCACUCUGGGUGACCUAGAUUAUCAAAGCGGAUUCCAGGGCAAGCCCAGAAAUCCAGUUGGAGGAGGCGCAGUUGCCAUGGCACCGGAGAUGCUCCGGAAGCAUCCUCAUCCCUUUGGGCUCAGGGCAGAUGCCUCCCUCCAUGGUAAUCUGGCAGGAGCACCCCUUCCUCACUUUGCCAGGGCUCCCACCCAUCUCCCCUGAAAGAGGUUAAUCAAGGCUUGCUUGUCCCCCUCCCGCCCACCCUAGCGUUUCCAUACGGCUUGUUCACAGGCCCCUCCUGGGCCGGGGGUGAAUGCUCACUUACACUGA